AUGGUAGUAUCGCGAAAAAAACACGUCAGGAAAGCUAACCACGCCCGACCACAGGAAGGGGUCGAAGGAGCCCGAUGGCCGGGUGCUAGUGCAAGCUUCGUUACUCGAAGAAAAUUGCAUCGCGAAUUUAGGCAGCAGACAUGUUGCUGUGCCGCAAGGCACCACGGCACAGCAAACAAAUGGUCCGCCAGUGAUUAA